AGGGGGAAAAAAGAAUAAAAAGAAAGGGAGGAGUGGCGUGAAUCGGCUCCCUCCCGCUCCACCACCGGCGCUGGCCGCCUCCGCCUCAGCGUCGGCGCAUAAAUAGAAAAGAAAAGAGGAGAUUCCUCCUCUGCUUUCGCUGUCGUCUCUGGCAGGCAGGCAGGCCCCCAAACUCUGCCUACUUCCCACGCCAAUUCUUGUAGCUUCGCCAUGGCCGCCGCCGCUCUGCGCGACCAGCUCACCGCCCUCCUCUCCUCCAUGUUCACCCAGGGUUUGGUGGACGAGCAGUUCCAGCAGCUGCAGAUGCUUCAGGACGAGGGGGGCACGCCGGGAUUCGUCUCCGAGGUCGUCACCCUCUUCUGCGACGACGCCGAUCGGAUCAUCAACGAGAUCGCUUCCCUGCUAGAGCAACCCGUCGUCAACUUCGAUAAAGUGGACGCCUACGUUCAUCAGCUCAAAGGCAGCAGCGCCAGUGUUGGUGCUCAGAAAGUGAAGUUCACUUGCAUGCAAUUUCGUCAGUUCUGUCAGGACAAAAGUAGAGAAGGGUGCCUUAUGGCAUUGGCUGUUGUGAGAAAUGACUUCUAUGAUCUGCGCAACAAGUUUCAGACUAUGCUUCAGCUGGAGCAGCAAAUCCAGGCUUAUGAUCCCAAACAGCAAUAAUUGAAGCAAAAGAGUGUAGCUGCAUGUGAUCUCACAUGAUAAAUGUAUCUUUGAAGAUGUAGACCAUGUUCAAUGGGUUUCAGGCUUAGAGUGCGUGUGUAUGUGUGCAGAAUCAAAUCAUUUGAUUUGAGGCUUCAUGCUUCCAACUUUGAGCUCACAACCCUUUAAUUGUUAGUAACAAAACUGAUCGUCUAGUGUCGAUGUACCUGUUACCUGUCUGUGUUCGGUUGGCAGCCACCCUUGCAAACACUGGUUGCCUGGUGACUUAUUUAGCUGGCUUCUGGCACUUUCGAAAUGGGAAGUGGGUGUGUGAUAUUGCACCAUAAUUUAUGACCUGAGUUGUGAAGUCUUGCUACUGGGUGGUAUACUAUAAGUAUAUAAACAACAAUCACCUGUUUAAUACCAACA